CCUGGCACUGGCUGUAGAUGGGGGAUGGAGCCCCGUGCACAUGCUGUACGGAUUGCCGGAUUCACAUUACUCAGCUCGCGCGCUGUUACCGUCCGCCCACUGAUGCCCAGGAGCUGAGGGAUCUGAGCUGCUGCACUGAGGGACCACCAUAAGACGAAUGAUUGAGUGAAGGAGGACUGGGGAAUUGUUGUAUACAGUGUUUUUUUGUUUUUGUGUUCCUAUUGAUAUGGCAGGUUUAUUGAUGCUGGAAGGCGUUUAAGUUAUAGGAUACGAUAUAUGCCAUUUUUAUUUAUUAGCUAAGGGUUGAACGUUAAAUACGGUGGAAAUAACAAAACGUCUCAUCGUUUAACGUUAACGUUUUAUGGGACGUUUCUGAGCGCCGUGUCAAUGUACGCUGAGCUCGGCUCGGUUCGGCUGGGCUGAACAGGUGCUUCCUCCUCCUGCUCCAGUCAGUCAGUCAGUCAGUCUCACGAUGCUCGGCCAGUCUCCACAUCUGAUCGGAGGCAUCCUGUGGAUUCAGAACCCCAUGCGAGCUGUCCACUGUAACUUAAGUCAGAAUGGAAUCGAUCACCAGGUGUGCACAGAGGAUGUGACCUCAAACCUGGAGGAAGAACCUAUUGAUCACGGCCCGGGGCUGGACGAUGACAGCCCGGGGUUUCAGGACCAGAGUCCUGGCUUCCAGUGCCGCGCCCCGCCCCAGCGCUCCGUCUCUGAGUCUGAGCUGUCCAGGCCAGGGACGGUGAAGCUGUCCAAACCGGUCGCUCUGUGGACCCAGCAGGACGUGUGUAAGUGGCUGAAGAAGCACUGCCCCAACCAGCACCAGGUCUACAGCGACUCCUUCAAACAGCACGAUAUCACAGGCCGAGCUCUGAUGAGGCUGACUGAUAGAAAGCUGGAGAGAAUGGGAAUCAUGCAGGAGAGUCAGAGACAGUACAUCCUCCAACAGGUCCUGCAGCUCCGCGUCAGAGAGGAGGUCCGCACCCUGCAGCUCCUCACACAAGCCUCUCUGGAGAGUUCUCCAUAAGCCGAGCGUUCCUGGAGACCAGCAAGCCGCUACAUGACCCUCCAACCAACCGUCUUCUCAAAUGUCAAAUGGCACACGCACCAGCCCCUGGACUGCAACCAUUCUCUUGAACCUGAACAUCUUCUUGAGACUUCCUUCUGACUUCAGGCUUCAGACUUCCUGAUCUGCCCCUGUGUUCCACAAGCCCUUACCUCCCUUUAACCCACUCUCUUUUUCCCAUCACCAACACCACCACCCCAAUUCUCUUCAAGAGGAGCCCUCAAGGCUUCUCUUUAGCAUUUGUCUUCUUCCUGUACUGAAGAGAUGGACCUCAAAAGCCCUGGACCAUGGAUCUUCUUCCCACUUGAGGGACAGUGUGAGAGACUAACUGCCCAAGUAGCCCACUCUCUGUAUGUAAUCUCAUCUGAAAUGUAGCACUUUAACCGUCUUCUUCCCGACAGUAACCCGUACAGAGCCUGUUAGCUACGCUCUGCAGACUAGCAUGAUGUUCUGCCACACCAACCAGACCUCCUAAUCACUUUAGUAGGGGAGCUGGCCUCUUUCUUUUCUUUUCUAUUUCUGUGUCUCAUUUUCUUACUCGCCCUCUCUCUCUCUCUUUCCGUCUCUGUGAAUUCCUCCUCACCUCACUACAUGACAGCGGAAGAACUGCGUUAGAGAUUGCAUUUUGCACACCUGUGUAUUAUCUAACCUCCCCCCCCCCUCCAUGUUACUUCCUCUCAGUCUGCUGUCUCCGUCUGUCGUGUGAAGUGUCUUGUCUGUUGUAGAUUUGCUUAAUGAGUCAUCUCUUUGUUCUGUUUUUGUGAGUCCCCGUGAUCGAGUUCCCUCAAUGUUCCUGUGCCACAGACGUCUCUCUAGUCUCAAGUCCUUCCCUCAAUCUGAACUGCACUGUGACUCUGACCAGGUGUCUUAAAGCAACCGACUUCCCCACCCUUCCAUAGAGGGAACACUUCUUCCCAAGUUCUUCUCAAACUCUUGUUUAUUGACUUGAAAGGUCUUGAAGCACUUGACCUCUAUAAGAGUUAGAAUGGGAAUUUGUUGCAAAGACAUGCAAGUGAUAGUUAUGAAGAAAAGUGGAAAAGAAAAUGGUCAAUGAAUGAUGGAUGAUGUGCUCCUCAGAAGAUCGAAUCUCCCUCUUUGCAAUGGACCACAACACCCUUCCACAGGGGGCGCUUCGUCCCAACAUCAUUUUUUUCCCAGCACUGGAUUGCAGACCCUAUAUUUUGAUCCCUGACAAGAAAUCUUAAAGCACUUGACCUUCAUCAGGAUUAGAAUAGAAACUAGGAGCAAGAACCUGAUCCGAGAGCAGUGUAAACUUCUAUCAGCACUGCAUCCAUAGUAAAUGAUGGAUGAUAUGCACCUCUGAAGAUUGAACCUUCAUCCUCCAUCUUUUUUUGCAAUGGACCACCAUGUCCUUCUACGUGGGGUGCUUCUUCCCAAUUUUUCAGCACUCCUAUGCUAUUGUCCCCUGAUUUGAAUAGUCUUGAAGCACUUGACCUCCAUUGAAGUUAGAAGGGAAACAUGGGGUAAAAGGUUGAUUUGAGAGCAUAGACACUUUUGUAAGAGCUGUAUCUGUUAAGUCUCAGAAAAUGGCAACUAAUUCCCAUGAAGCAAGAAAAAAGAAAGAAAGAGAAAACUGAAAAAUGAUGGAUGAUAUCCUCCUCUCAAAGAUUAGACCUCACUGCUUUAGCUCUUUGCAACAGAUCACCAUGCCGAUUCACUUUCAGCACUGGAUUAGACAUUCCAUACUUUUGUCCCCCCUGACCUGAAGACAGACCUGAUGUGUUUGGCCUCCACCAGGCUUUGGAGGGAAACUAGGAGCAAAAAGCUGACCUGAGAGCAGUAGAAACAUUUAUUGAAGCUGUAUUCAUUGUAAAGCCUUGGAAAAUGGCAAAUCAUUUCCAUGGAUAAAGGUUGAAGAGAAAAGUGGAAAAUGAUGAGUGCACCUCCAAUGAUUAUGCCUCCCCUCUCCAACUCUUUGCAAUGUACCACCAUGGCCUGAAGACAGACUUGAUGAGAUAAACCUCCAUUUGACUAAGAGGGGGGAUGAAGAGCAAGGAGCUGAUCUGGGAUCAAGAACCAGUGGAAACUUUCACUGGAACAGCAUUUGUUGUAAAGCCUUGGAAGAUGGCAAGUGGCUCUCAUAAAGAAAGAUGCCUCAACUUUUAAAUCCUAUACUCUUGUUCCCUGACAUUAACACAGUCAUGCAGUGCUCGACUUCCAUUGGAGUAGGAAGGGGCUUGAGAAGUAAGGAGCUGAUCUGGGAUCAGCUACAUUGGAACAGAUUUGGUUGUAAAGCCGUGGACAAUGGCAAAUGAUUUCCAUGAAUGAAGAUGGAAGAGAUAACUGGAAAAUGACUGAUGAUGUGCUUCUCUCAAAGAUCUCAAAGGCCUUCCUUCUCCAGCUUUUUGCAGCAGACCACCCCAUCCUUCCACAGGGGACACUUUUUCCUAACCUCAUCAACUUUCGGCACUGGAGUAGACAUCUUAUACUUGAUCGAAGCUGAUCUAAAAGCAGUAAAAAGGUUUUUAGCCAUUAAUUCCAUUGUAAAGCCUUGAAAAAUAGCAAGUGAUUCCUAUGAAGUUAAGUGCAGACGAAACAAGCAAAGAUGAUGAUGUGGUUCUCUUGAAGAAUAGAUCACAAUAGAUCACCCCAACUUUCCACAGAACUUGAAAAUUCUGUACUCAUUUUCCCUGACCUGAAGACAGACGUGAUGCAGUUGACCUCCAACAGACUCCAGGAAACUUUUAUUGAAGCUGCAUUCUUUGUAAAGUCUUUGAAAAUGACCCAUGGUUCUCAUAAAGCAAAGAGUAAAAGAACUAUGGAAAAUGAUUGAUGAUAUGAAAGUCUUCAAGCAAUUGAUCCCCAACAAAGUUUGAAACCCAACGAGGAGCAAUGAGCUGAUCCAAAAGCAGUGGAAACUUCCAUUGGCACUACUUGCUUGGUAAAGCCUCUGUCAUGGCGAAUGAUUCCCAGGAAGCAUGGAGGAAAGGGAAAAUUGAAAAUAAGGGAUUGUAAGUGAUUCUCAUGAAGGAAGCUGAAAUGGAGAGCUGGUAAAUGAUGGAUAAUGUGCUCCUCUGAAGAUUAGAUUUUCCUCAUCUGUCUUUUUGUAACGGAACCCCUGCCCUUCCACAAGGGGGUGGGGCACAUCCCUUCCUUGUAUACUUUAAAUACUGGACUCUUAAGGAGCCAGGGAGGAAGGAGCUGAUCCAAGAGCAGUGGGAACCUCUGUUGGCACUUCAUCUACUGUAAAGCUGUGGAAAAUGGCCAGUGAUUGUCACAAAUCAAGGAGGACAGGGAAGCUGGAAAAAGAGGGAUAGCAAAGUGAUUUUUAUCCCAAAUCUGGUAAAUAAUGGAUAAUGUGCUUCUCUGAAAAGAACACCUCCUCCUAUGUCAGCACUGGACUAUAAAUCCUAUACACUUGAUCCCUGACCUUGAGACAUUCUUAAAGCGCUUAAAGACCCCCAUUGGAUUAAGGGAACUUCUGUUGGAACUGCAUCUUUUGAAAAGUCUUGUAAAAUGGACAGAGAUUCUCUUGAAGAUAGAAGGAAAGGACUGUUGAUGUGCUUCUCUAAAGAAUGAAAGAUUAGAACUGCAUCCUCUAGCUCUUAGUGGUACCAAGAAAACAGCAGACAUAGAAAGAUACAAGCUAGAUAUGAAAUAUAGAUAUGGGAUAAUUUAAGUUUGGGAUAAGAACCACGCCUGAAACUCCUCCUUCCACCCCACACUCUAUAAAUCUCUUUCUCUCUCUUUCUAUCCACUCUGUUUCCCAUGAUGAAUCUGGGAAAGCCAGAGUCCGGCCCAAAUUUCUCACGUAGAGUUCCCCUCUUCUGUCCCAAGAUCAGUCAGGGUGUGGUCCAUGCUCAUAAUAACCAGAAAAACAUUGUUAAAAUAUCAUCCAAAACAAGUUAAAAGACAGUGUCUGAAAGAAAAAAUGAGAUAUGUCUAAGAACUUUCCAUUCUCUGUUUGCGGAUUGUUUCUGAAGCAUCACUGUCAUGUGAUUAUGGCCAUACACUGUUACCUUUAUUACUAUAAAGCACAUGGGGCUGCGCUGGAUCGAGUGGAUUAAUCUCUUCAUUGCUUGGUCUUCGUCACCUUUGUCUUAAAUCUUAAAUCCACCAAUCCUUGGGCUCCAGUAGUUAAAAAAGAAAAGAAAAAAACAUAACUAACUACUUUCUCGCAGCUGUAGCAUCACGCAUCACUAGCCUUCCAGCGAAGCAGACGAGCGUAAUGAGGAAUUGAUCUAAAAGAACAGUUCCAGGUUGUGUUGUGGGCGAUAGCGAUGGUGUGUGAAAUGGAGAAAGGGUGCAUGAAGUCAAUUCAUGUUCUGGGAUGGGGAUUCUGUAGCAGAUUGAAAGGUAUCGAUUAGACUGUAUCUUGUGUUUGCUAACCCUUGGUUUACAAGAAAUGUGCUGAAGUUGUGAUUCAUGUGGGAGAGGCUUGUUCCAGUUAAACCAAGAGCUACUAUUUCAUGGCUGGAUGAAGCCUUGGUGGCACUGCUGCACAGGAGGACUAGGCUCAAAUAGCUUUGCGGUAAUGGACGUGGUGUCUAGGGCUGUAGAUGUGAGGAAGGCUUGUAAAACUGGCUUUUUAAAGUCUGCUAGAGUGGCUGUAGGGUGACUACCAUGGGAGUUAUUUAGAUUUAAGGGCAUUUUUUAUUAGAUAUAGUCAUAUUUAUUUAGGUAUUACUAAUUAUUAUAUACAUAUUAUUGUUAAUGUUUAAUCUUUGCCUCUAAUCCUUGUUAGAAAAGGGAACUAACAAGGCAUACAGAAUUAACUUUAAUUCUUAAUGUACUGUGACUUUGAAAAAUAUUGCUGGGUGCACUGAAGACGUUUCUUUAAAGACUAAUGUUUUUGAUCUGAAGUUAAUAUAAAACUACGGUACAUUGACUAUGAAGUGCAAGUCAAGCACAAGUGUGAGUCUUUUCCCAUUUAUACAAUCGUUCACACUAAAUUGUGUCUGUUCAGGGGUUGGGUUGAGUGUCCCUGGGGCAUUUUUGUGCUAUUUUACAGUGAAAAAUUGAUAGUAUUUCAUGAUAUGUUUGAAAUGAGAAGUCUGUUUUUUACUCUUGCAUGCUUAGGAAAGAGGAACCGUUUGAGGAAAGGUAAUUUGAUGGCCACUGGGAAAUUUGUCAGUUAAUGUUCCAUGAUAUUGCAAAAUGACGAAACGGCGAAGAUGCCGGCGAAAACAUUCUUCAGCGUUGAACUUCGGAAAAGGUAGAAAAUGUAUCAACCAGGCAUAACAUUAUGACCACCUAUUUAUUUUUAGACCUAUUAUCUAUUUUUGAUCUCCACAGACCAUGUAGGAGCACUUCGUAAUUCUAAAAUUAUAGACUGUAGUCCUGUAUCUGUUUCUCUGAAUACUUUAUUAUCCACAUUUAACCAUGUUCUUCAAUGAUCAGGACCCCACAGGAGAGAAAACCACCACAGAGCAGCUAUCUAUAAUAUUUGGAUGCUGGGUGAUUAUUCUCAGCAUUGCAGUGACCCUGGAAUGGUGGUUGUGUAUGAGGUAUUAGUAUGUGUUGUGCUGGUACAGUGAGUGAAUCAGAUACAGCAGUGCUGCUGGAGUUUUUAAACACCUCAAUGUCACUGCUGGACCGUACCUGUCAAGUCUCACGUUUUGACCAGCAAACUACCAUAUUUUAUCCCUCUUUCCUGGCAUCCACCCGUAUUAGUAUUUUCCCAUAAAUUUCCUGUAUUUUAAUACAAAAAACAUUCAUGUGCCUCUCCAAACUAAUAUGCCACUAACCUCGUGAGAAUUGCCAACCAGGCUGCUGCAAGUGAACAACCCUGGAACAAGAAAUCAGAGAUGCAUGGAUGAAUGCAGAGGGCAUUACUGGCCAAAAAAACACCAUACUAUGAUACAUACUAUGUGCAUAUGUAUAUCAUACAUACUGACUGCAUAUGUAUACAUACAUUCUGACUACAGAAAAUAUUGAUUGAUCACAACAAAAUAAAAUUACAAAAAAUACUAUAUAUUAAUAUACAUAAUAUAAUAAUUCAUUUAUUAAAUUCUAAAUACUGUAUCAUAAUACUAUGAUACUGAAAUUGGUUGGGCUGGUGGGGCAGGUCGAAGCGGGUGGCAAAAAAAAAAUCUUUAUUUUUUAAUCCAAAACUUGACAGGUAUUUGCUGGACUGGGAAUAAUUCGCCAACAGUGUCCUGUGGGCAGCAUCCUGUGUGCAUUAAUGAAUGUCUAGAAGAUAACCAACACUGUAAACUGUGCAUCAACAGAUUUAGAGCUUCUGUCUCUGACUUUACUUUAUCUACAAGCUGUUUCAGCUGUAGAUAGGAGUGUGUGAUAGAGUGGAGGACAGUAAGUGAUUAAACACAGUGUUUAAAAACUCCAGCAGCACUGCUGUAUCUGAUCCACUCACUGUAUCAGCAGCACAACACGCACUAACACCUCAUACACCACUAUCCCAAAAAAUAAUAGCUGCUCUGGAAAACGGUGUGAAAACGGGGUGAAAGGAGGAUAAUAAUAAAGUGUACAGUGAAACAGAUACAGAACUACAGUCUGUAAUUAUAGAACUAUGAAGUGCUCCUCUAUGAUCAGUGGAGCUGAAAAAUGGAUGAUGGGUAUAGAAACAAGGAGAUGGUCAUAAUGUUGUGCUUAAAACACUUUCACCUUCAGUAUCUCUUCCCACAAAAACACACAGCUUGGUUUUGAAACACAAUGAAAUAUAUAUCCUCAGACCAAAUAUUCCAGAUAAUACAAGUGAUAUACCUCUGACUGCUCUCCCUGAUGUUCUUCUGCUUUAGGCCAAAUUCAUAUUUGCUCUGGUGAUCUAUAUAAUGGGCUCCAUCCCAUAAUUAGCACAGAUCUAUGCUAUUUAACCAAUGGCAUUCCAGACUCACGCUAAAGCUCUUCAGGGAUAGCUCUUCUCUUCCAGUGAGAUGGUGUGUGAACUUUUGGUGUGUCAAAACUUUGCUAUGAAUGCAAAAGCAUAGAGUUUUAAUGGACGGUUGCAUCUCUCCACCUGUCAGAAUGCAGAAUCCUGAGUGUUAAAUGAAGUUCUGCUGCAUUACACUAAUGUUCAAUAGUUUGGAAAAAAUCAUAUGAAUAGUAGAAACACAGUCUGGGUUCAGAUACAUGUAUUAAAUUAAUCUGAUGGGGUUUUAUAACAAAUAAAAAUGAUAACAAAUCAUAUUUUAAUGUAUACAGUUACAAAGAGCAGGACAGUAAAUAGCAUUAAGAUAUUCACAUUUAUCAAUUGAACUGUUUUUAUAGUGCAUUCAUGUCACACACGUAUCACUGGUAUAAUUUAUAAUGAUAAUAGUUAUCACUCUCUAAUCCUCUUAGUGGUCUCUAUUUUGUACCCAUGUAAACAACUCACAACAUGUGUAAACCAGGCUAAUAUACAGGCUUAGAUAUAUCCAGAAUAAUACAUGAAGCUGUAAUUGUGAUAUGAAUGAUUAGAUGAUUGACAGAGCUUUAAAACAUCAUGAAUUAAGUGAUUCAUGCCUAUCAAUAACUGAUAAGAAAUGGAUACAUUUGGUGUAUCAUCAAUGAAAUAACAUCAUAUCUGAAAACACAUACUGAUAGCCAGUUAUUGUAGUAUGUUUCAAUAUACACUGUGUAGGUUAUCAAUUUUUAUAAAAUAAUAGUUAUUAAUAAAACAAAAUAGUUAUUAAUAUAAUAAUAACAGGUGGCAGGUGAUAGUGUAACUUCGUAGUUUUGGCGUAUUUAAUAUUAAAGGGGAUAUAUUAUGCAAAACUCACUUUUUGCAAGCUGAAAGAGUUAGGUGACAGGAAUCGUGAUUUGCUUCUAUGAGCAUGUUUGGAUGUUCCCUUAUUCUGAUGUCACUAUAAGGAACUAUGCAUAGAACCACCCUGGCACCACCCCUGGCACCACCCCUCCGAUUUUAAAGGUCCACCAUUUUGGCCAUUCUGGUUGAGAAGCUCAGGUAGUACACAGCAGAAUUAGCCAGUAGACGUCUUCUGAGGGAGGGAUCUGUACCUGCUGUCUGUGGAAAGUCAGUAGGUGAAGAAGAUGAAAGUACUUUCAAAUAAGGAGUUUUGUGCUUCUAUGACUGGCUUGUUCUUGGUUUGCCAUUUAGCACAAGCUAACACUAACUUGUGGUGAACGUUCGUAAGUGACAGAGCCCUUAAACGCUCACUCUCAAAGGGACUGAUACUAGCAAGAAUAGAGCAGUGGAGUGAUUUUGUGCAAAGAACUAACUUGUGUAAAAGGUGUAAUAUGUCCCCUUUAAUAUAAAAUGUAGAAAAUAAGUUAAAUAAUAAAGAAAAAACACUGAAUAAAAAGGAGUGCCCAAAUAUUUUACUGUAUAUACUGUGUAUUUUCUAAUCCGCAGAAGGUAUUUCACUAAUAACAAGUGGUUCCAGACUAUUGAACAGUAGUGCAGUGUGUGUAUUCACACUUACAGAGCUGAGGUAUUAGUAUUAUAUGUUGGAUGGUAUUAUUAUAUGGAUGUCCGUACUGUCCUAAUUAUCAGCUCAUCUGUCCGCUCUAUUCGGGUGCCAAACACCACCGCUUCACACCGAGCGAUCCUCACAGAAGAUCUGCACAAAUGUACACGGGUGCACAUGGGAUUAAAACUCUCACACAUACACAGAUACGUGACCUGCACACGUGCACGCUGGUAUCCACACACUCGCAUACAGAUAUCCUGUACUUUUUUCAGACAUAACCACCAUACUUAUGCUAUGCUAAUACAUUUAUUUGUAUUCUCUCUCUCUCUCUAUCUUUUCUCUCUCUAUCUCUCUCUCUCUCUGGUAUCUCUGAUGUGAUAUCCUUGAAUAUGACUCUCGCACACUCUUCGCCUCUACACGGUUGAACGUAUUUGAACUGAUUUUCUCCACUUCUGGUAGCAUGUUCUGUUCUGUUCUGCUGUUGUUGUAUGAGACAGGCAUGCAGACCAAAACCUUCCGAGCCCUGGCGUCUCCUCCACCUCCAUAUAGCGUGCCUAAACAUGGAUAUCCAUUCAAAACAAAUGUUACAAAUCUCUAAUAAAUGAUAUAAAAUAAAUAUAUUAAUAUAUCAGA